AUGUCGUUCUCACUGUCCCGAGUGCUGGCACCCGCUCGCACUCGUUUCACUGCUACUAUUGCUCCAAGGGUAUUAGUAGCUUCCUCAACCCGCCUCUACUCAACUAAGAACACAUUCGACUCCCGCGAGAUCCACAACUUCCCCUCCAAAUCCGACCACAUCCAAAACAAACUACCCUCCUCAAAAGACCUCCGCAAUGCCAAACGCUUCCGCGAGUUUGACAUGGAAGGCCGUGUCUACGCGAUCACAGGCGGGGCCCGCGGCUUAGGUCUAUCAAUGGCCGAAGCUCUAAUUGAAGCCGGCGCAAAAGUCUACUGCCUCGACCGUCUAGAAUCACCGAGUACAGAAUUCCUCGCCGCAAAAGAUAAAGCGGAAAAUGAAUACGGCGGGCUUCUGGAAUACAUCCAGAUCGACGUACGGGACCACAAGCAAGUCGAGAACACAUUCGCCAUGAUAGCCGCACAACAUGAGCGGUUAGACGGCCUCAUCGCCGCAGCCGGAAUAAACCAUCUUCAAAGCGCGUUGGAGUACGACCGUGCCGCCCUAGACGAUGUAAUGAGCAUUAAUUACAACGGCGUGUUCAACUCUGCUACUGCGGCCGCGCGCCAGAUGUUCAAUUACCAGGGCAAAGGCUCCAUUUUACUUGUUGCGUCCAUGUCCGGUCUUAUCGCUAAUAAGGGCAUGACGUCCCCUGUAUACAACAGCUCCAAGGCUGCUGUUAUCCAGCUAGCAAGAUCGCUCGCGAUGGAGUGGGGUCGGCAUGGGAUUCGGGUGAAUUCAUUGUGUCCUGGUCAUAUUAUUACGCCCAUGGUUGAAGCUGUUUUUCAGCAGAAUCCUGCUGCGCGUGCUACAUGGGAAGCGGAGAAUAUGCUUGGGAGGUUGGCGCUUCCGGAGGAGUUUCGGGGUUGUGCGCUUUUCGCGUUGUCUGAUGCUUCGAGUUUCAUGACCGGUAGUACUUUGUUGAUUGAUGGUGGUCAUACUGCCUGGUGA